CAUACUGUUAGCCAGCUGACUUUGAUCAUCUUCCUCGAAACUUUCGCACCUGUCAACCCCAUAAGACGCACUAUUUGUGGUCAUAUAAGCCUGGAAGGCACUAACAUCGCAUAAUUAGCACAUGCGUACUUUGCUAGCCACGCGCUAGCUUGUUAGCAACCAUAAACAAGGAAAUACAAAAAACGAUCGCUGGUCUAACUCAAUGUUAAAAUAAUACCGGGAAUGGGUAAAACAAAAUUACGAGCAAAUGCUAAUGAAGUAACUAAUUCGCAGCACUAUGGUAUCCAACAGACAAAAGCGUUUUGUCUACCCUCUUACCUAACGCGACGGAGAGACUUCAUAUCCGUUUCCCGACUGUUUGGUGGUGUUCCUCUGGUAUAGUCCGUAUGCAGGGCGACCCGGUCUAUGACUAUCCUGACGCUCGGCCCGUGGGGGAGAGACGGACGUGUUCACAGAGAGGAUCCCUGAGGAGCAUCAGUGUACUGGACCGGCUCUUGUUGACGCACCCUGUGUGGCUCCAGCUCUCCAUUAAUUCAGCUACAGCUCUUCACAUCCUUCAGCGUGAGCCCCCCGGGACCUUCCUGGUGCGUAAGUCCAGUACAUCACAGAAAAAAAUGUUGUGUGUCCGGCUGGCAGACGACAGCAUGCCGUCCUUCUUCAAACAGGUCGUCAUCCGAGAAGAAGACUCAGCCUUCUCUUUGGAAAGCUCUGCUAUUAGUUUCCCAGACCUGUGCAGGCUCAUUGCCUUCUACUGUGUUAGUCGGGAUGUUCUUCCUUUCACUCUGGAGCUGCCUGAAGCUAUUGCCAAGGCUUCUUCACACAAACAGUUGGAGUCCAUCUCUCAUAUGGGUGUGGAGUUCUGGAGUUCCCACUUAAAUGUUCGGGGUCCUCGCAAUGAACCUCCAGCCACUGACAAACUCGUUCCUCCAAGUCCAAGCCCACAAGACUGCUUAACGCCCAUCAAUCCAAACCCCACCCCGUUCCAGGAGCUUUGUCCGAUCCAAACACGGAGACCCUGUGAACUAGAUUACGGGUGUGGCAAAGGUUUAUGUUUUGUCAAUCCUCUUUUCCUACAAGACUACCCAGGUCGCAACACCAUGCGCAGGCGUCAUCAUUUCAAAACCAGCUUCAAGGUUCGUGUCUCCACUGAAAAUUCGGGCCCCACGUCACCUCCUGUCCUCCCACCACCUCCCCCGCCAUUACUGGCUAAAGCCAGAUUGAAAGCUGCAAAGCAGAUGACCCCACCUGAAGCAGUUCAGGCCAGUGAGGAAGCUAUCAAAAAGACUGUGGAGGAAGCCUCAGACUACAUGAAACCUUGUGAUUCAUCACAGAAGAAAGCCAAGGUCACCUCUACUCUUUCUCCCACCGCUGAAGAAGAUGAAUAUCAGAUACCUAAAGCUCUUCAGAAGGCCUUGCCAAAAGUCCUGGAGCAGAAAGGACAGAAAGAAGAUGAGGAGGAAGAGGACGAUGGACUUGUGCUGGAACAGCGACAUGCUCCGUCUCUCAGUGAGCUGGACAGCUGCAGUUCCCUCAGCAGCCUCGACGAGACGGAGGAGAGUCCCGAACGUCCUCCCCUCGUACGAGGCACUAGCAACCCUGUCAUGCCACCUCCCAGGAAGUCCAUGUCUGCUCUGCGCAAAAUGAGCGCAGCCUUCAUAUCCUUUUUCGCCCCAGAGAAGCGAGUGGCGCGGAUGGUGGAGGACCUGUCUCGUGACCGUCGCAUGGCAUUUGGUGCUCUGGUGCAGGACUUCCUGAGGCAGCAGAGAGAGGCGCUGAAGCCCCACUGCUUGACCUCUGCUGUACAGCUGCUGCAGGAUUUGCGUCUCUUCAUCAAUCAGGCCAAAGUUUUCCUUCUGGAAUGUGGAGAGCUGGAACCUCCAAUAGAAACUCUUCUGACUGAGAAUGAAAAAGACCAAGCACUGGAGAAGGCCAUGUUCCGCUGUGUGCUGAAACCUCUGAAGCCUCAGAUUGAUGCGGCUCUUCGGACCCUGCACAAACAAGAUGGUUCCUUACAGAGAAUGAUGGACAGCUUGCAAAGAGCCAAAGACACCUCACCACAGAAGCUCUUUGGGGUGAAAGUGGGCGUUCCUGACGCCCAGGAAAUUGAGAAAAUUAAGCACAAGCUGACUCUAAUGCAGCGGGCGUACUCGCCCAUCGACAAAGUGCUGCUGCUCUUGCAGAUCUGCAAACUCAUUUACAAAACCAUGAAAAACAAAUCAGGGCAGGAAUUUGGUGCAGAUGACUUCCUCCCUGUUCUCUCAUAUGUGAUGGUGCUGUGCAAUAUGCCAGAGGUUUCUCUGGAGGUGGAGUAUAUGAUGGAGCUUUUGGAAAGCUCUUGGCUUACAGGAGAAGGGGGUUACUAUCUGACAAGUGUCUAUGCCAGUCUGAGUCUGAUUCAGAGUCAGCCGGAGGAUGUGCCACCCAACGGCCUUACAAACCAGGCCAGAGCGUCUCUGAAAGAAUGGAGCCGGCGUCGGAGCAACGAAACCACAAGUCAGAAAGACAACAAACUGCACCAGAGGUUUAUAAAGGUGCUGUUUCAAGAUGGGGACAGUAGCUUGGUAAAAACUCUCAUGUGGAAGACUGCGCUCAAUGGUGAGGCUAUGGCUCAGCUCUGUGCUGUGAAGUUUGGAGUGGACCGGCCGGAGGAUUACAGCCUGUACUGGAGGAGAGACGGGGUGUUAACGCCUCUCCCGCCUAACACCCAGAUUCAAGACCUGCAGAGCAUGGGUGUGAGUGGGGUUCCUCUUAUUUACCAGGCGUCCAGUCAGGAUGAAAGGUCUCAGAAGCUGAACAGGGGGAGCGCGGUGGAUCUGACAGAGGCGGCUUCAUAAUAUGGGACUUUUCCAGAUGUCACACAUGAAGGUCAAAGCAAUUCUGCAUUUUAUGCAGCAUGCCUGAUUUGUCAAAGACAGGCUGAUGAAAUAAUAACAGUAUCCU